AAAUGUAAACCUUUGGCAGCUAUAACCACGGUCAGCAUGUACUUGUCUCUAAGUGCUCUUUUCUGGUUUCAAGGAACCUUGUUGUUCCGAUACCAUUCAUGAUAAGGACAAAUUACACACGGAAGCAAAUAUACAUUCGGUUAAGGAUUAGUAGGCGAAUGCAUCAUCAGAUCCAUUCAAUUUUUGGAUAUAUAAUCUAUACUUUUGGCGGAAUUUUGUCUGUUGCCGAUAUACGCUUUGUGAGACCUGAGAGCAUUUGACACAUUUAUCAACUUCGUGAACAAUGAAUAUGAUUGUGUCAAGAUUUCAUUUAUCAUUUUUAUUUGUUCUGUUUUCUCACCAAUCUACAGGACGGAGAUCAUGCUUCCAAGGGACAACGAGGCGAACGAGUCCAAUUAGGCCAGGGGAUUGUCCAGCGGGGUCAUCGUUUGGAUGUGUACGAUUCUAUUUCCAAAGACAAGUGCAUCACUCGUGCUACAACAAAGAUGAAAUCCCAUGUCCAGGAAGUUUUAUGGCAUUCGGAGGUUCUCAGGUUGUGUGUUGUGAAGAGGACGAUUGUAAUAGUCCACCAGAGGGAGGAUGGGAACGCCACCCCCCACCAGGGGGUUUGGGGCCAGGUGUAUUUAUACCAACAUCCCCGACGCUUACAACAAAGAAACCCAAUUUAUAUUGUUUUGGUUCUGCCAGCGAUGGCUCUGAUAACCUACAGAGUACACAGUGUGGCUCAGAUACAGGGACAUGUGUGAGGUUUGCAUCGCAGAAAGGCAUGAUAUACACCUGUCUUCCAUCGGACUCUAUGGGAGGAUUGUCGUGCGAGGAACACAUACAACGUUUGGGAGGAUUCGACCCACUGUGCUGCCGAACCAACUAUUGCAACGAGCCACCACAAAUAGCGAUAAAUAUGUGGAUAGAAGGCAUGAUGAUGAUGGAAACGAUGCAGCUUCUCGCGAUGAUAAUUAUAUCACAGAUUCAGAUCGCUGAGACUUUGAAGUGCCAUGAAGGAAAACGGAGAGAAGCGAAUGAAGAAACAGGUUACCCUCUUGUUGAAUGUCAGCCAGACGACGACACAUGCGCCGCCUAUCGAGCGCCAUCACAAACAACAACAUAUUAUCUUUGUUUCAAUGACCGAACCAUGGAAAAUAAGUGUCGUAUUUUCUUGGAGUCUCAGGGUCUUCUGGACGUUGUAUGCUGCAAGAGUGAUGGGUGUAACGGCCCAGGUGGCGGUACUGGGGAUAUAGUCUACCCGAAAUCAACAUCAGAGCCAUCUAUAUCUAUUAAUUGCUAUUCGGGUGUCGAGGGCUCUGGAAUGCCUAUAAUUCCUACUGAAUGCUCAAACAGUGAUACAUGUAUCCGGUUCAUACAUCAGGGUCAGAAGCACUAUACAUGCGCAAAUUCUAUGUCCGUAGAUUGCCCCGAAUAUUACCAGGCAAUUGGUAGAACUGACGUCCAUUGUUGCAGCGAGGACAACUGCAAUGUACCCCAUGAUGGUACAGUUCCAGAAGGAAAUAGCAAACAAAAGUGCUACUCUGGUAGUUCUGAUGAUCUUCAGAAUCCUGUACGUGUGAUUGCAUGUAACAGUCUGACAGGAACACCCCUAGCUGAUGCAGACAGUUGUGUCAAGGGAAGGAGGGGUGAUACACUGUUCUAUGGAUGUGCCACCUCAACAGAAUGUCCAGAAAUGUUUUUACAAAUGGAAGCCACUGAUGUUGAAUGUUGCGCUGAAAAUAAUUGCAAUAUACCGCCCGACAUGACAACACAGACUUCUUAUAAAACAACUAAAAAUCCCGAAUAUGAAAUAAAAACUGAAAAACCUGAUAAUGGAUCAAAAGAUACAAGUUCGGCGACGAAUAUUCAACUGAUCUUUGGUGCAAAAACAUACACAAUCGUAUAA